AACCCAUCGAUGUUUAAGUGUGGUCGCAUUUCAACGAUUUCUUGUGGUUGAAAACAAAUAAGUAAAUGAUAUUAAUAAAAUUAUAUUUAAGUCACAUGGGCAGCGGAACAUAGUCACCGCCGCGGGAGACAAGUCUCGGAACAGGAUAAAAGCCAUGGUGAACAGCAGGAGUCAUCCGGCGGAUAAUGGUCCUGGUCCGGGGUCUAGUGGUGGAUCCUCCCGCCUGGCCCUGUGCCUCAUCCACUUCGUGCUGGCCAUCAUCUCCGGCUGGGGACUGAAGCGGAGCACCGGCCGCCAGGCAAUGGCCGCCUUUGGCAUCUAUUUUGGCCACAGCCUGCUCUGCCUGCUGCGGCACACGCAUCCCAAUCCGGGUGCAGUGCAGCGUCUGUUGUGCGACAAGUCGAGGCGAUACUCCUGCGUCCUGUUUGUCACCCUGGUGGUGGGCGAGCUGCAGACCGUGAAUCCGGCCACCCGAAUGGGUGACUUCUUUGGCGCCGACUGGGAGCGCCUGGCCUUUGGACUCUGGAGCUGCGUCCUGGCCCUGGCUGUGACCAGUUUGUGGUUCGGUGGAAGCGGUGGUGGCAAUCGCAGUUCGCUGGGCGCCACCUUUAUCAAGCUGGAUGCCGCCCAAUUGGGCCUCUGUGUGCUGUGGAACGUGCAAUGUUUGUGGCGCAUCGCCAUGGUCGAUGAGCACUGGUGGUCACUGGGCCUGGCGCUGCUCGUCCUGCUCAACCACUGCAUCCUGUGGCGACUGCCGCUGCACUACAACAUCACCCAGCUGGAGGUGGCCACCGUGGGAAUGUGCUUCAGCACCAUCUUUGCCCUGAACGCCAUCCAGGAGCAACUGGACGCAGUGGCGAGCUGAGGACAGCUGGUCGGGCUACCGGGCCUGGAGCCUUCGUUAGCCAGUUAUUAAGCUCUCAUUUACUUUCUUUUAACUAUUAGUUGUAAGUUGUUGAACAAUUCUUUUGUAUAAUAAACCAAUUUUCAUGAUCUAAA